CUGACUUCAAAUAGCUUCGGACGUUACGGUAACUUUGAUUCGUUAUUGUAGACGUCACGUGACGUUUGUAUUGACGUCGCUUUGCAGUAAUUGCGUCUUAGCAACCAGUUUGUGAUACAUAGAUAAACAGCAAAGAAUUUUUAAGCGAUAUGUGCUAAAAUAUGGAUGAAACACAGCUUAUUACAGACGAAAAACACGUCGCGACAGUUCCCGAGGUGACAGACAACGGAAAUAAUGAAACUGGAAAGAAAAAGCGAAAAAGGAAGUAUUCUCAGAAGCAAUUGGCGAGAUGGAUGAAAUAUCGGGAAAAGAAAAGUCUAGAGAAGAAAAUGAAUGCCAGAAACAAUCAGGCAAGUGUCAUGGCUAUCGAUGGCACGCAUCAACACACCCUAAUAUCAGUUGCUUCUAACUUAAGAGCAGAGGCAGAGGAAUUCGUACCAAGGUCAAGUACUUUGACCUACCCUAAGCAGCUUUCGGAACCCAGCGAUAAUCCUCAAAUCGAGGAGAAUGAUGAAGAAACCCAGGCUAACUCCGUUGAAGCAGAUUCUAAUGGAAACGUUACUGUGGAUGCUGAGGACUUCGGCGCCGAGAGUUCAUUUGGUAUAUUGUCUAUCUACGCUGCAAUUGAACUUCACAGUUUAAUUGACAAGGAUGCGUAUUGCAAGGCAAAGGAAAGUGAAAUGGAAUUCGGAUACACUUUCUUUUCUUUUUUAAAUUUGUAAAAUUAAAUAAAUAAAUGAAAUGAAAAUGGGAAAUAA